AAGAGUUCCGCCUCAGCGCUGAGCCCACCGUCGCUGCGGCUCCUCGGCGUCGCACACCAAAGCGCGCGCUAAGUCCCAAAUUACACCGUAACGUGCGCUGACUCCGCGAACGCAGUCGCGCUCGCGCUGCAGCUCGAAUUACUCCGUGUUGCGGCAAGUGGCCGGAGCGCCGAGGACUGGAGGCGGCGCUUCGUUCAGCGUUGUUGGGAGCCGCGUUCAAGUCAAGAGAAGAGCGGAGCCGAGAGGGGGGGGGGUGGCGCUCUCUCUCUGUCUCUCUCAAAUACACACAGACACACACCUGAGACCUCGCUCACGUCUCUGUGAAACGACGACAGCACCUUCUUCGCCACUGCGCUCCUGAGGCGUUCGCGCGCUCCACUCCCGCACGCGGACAGACUGAGUGAGAGGGAAAGGAGGCACGCGGCCGCGGACAGCACGCGCAUCGCCAGCAAACGCUUGAGGCUCAAGCAGCGGAGGGGUCUGACCCGGUGGAAAAACAUUCAUUGCUGGAUUUUUUUCUGAAGACGUCAUCAUGGACCAUUUCAAACGGUCUUUCCUGGAAGUGUCACAUUGUUAUAUUUAAAACUGAAUAUAUACUGAAUUCUAUGUUAUUGCAUUUUAUGGCUAAAUGUGAUAGCAAUCAGUCACCGCACUAAUAACACAAACUGGAAAGGACAAGCCCUGCUUUUCCUUCUCCUCUGGCCUCCAAGCAUCCUCAUUGUCUCUGUGUCACUGUACUGCAGCUCAGCAGUCAAUGCAGUGACUUGAUUCCGAACAGUUGCGACAGGUGAUCUGUUCCUUCUUCGCUGGGAUACUCAUCCGAGAGAUUUGCCUUAAUCCCGGGGAAGAUCCGUAAAUGUCCAACAAAGCACCCAUUUACCUGAAGCGGGGCAGCCGCAGGGGAAAGAAGGAGAAGUUGCGGGACAUCCUGUCUUCAGAUAUGAUUAGCCCACCGCUGGGGGAUUUCCGGCACACCAUCCACAUUGGAAGCGGCGGUGGAAAAGACGACGUGUUCGGUGACCUGUCCUUUCUUCAAGGAAAGUUCCAUCUGCUCCCUGGACAGCAGGACCCGGGGCUCUCUCAACACCCAGGUCUGUUGGCCCGUCCAGCCAGCAUCUGUGGACACACACUGUCCUCAGAGAGUUCUCCACUGCUGAAGAACGCCUUCUCCCUGCCAGUCAUGGGUAAUGUGCAGGCCCUUGCGCUGCCCAGCUCUGGCUCUGCUCCUUCUCAGUCCCAGGCGCCACCUCCCAAACCACCCAGGCUUCACCUGGAUGACAGGAGGCUAUCGAGCUUUCCACCAGCAACCUCCGAUCAUCCCUUUCAGUCAUCUGGCAAAACCUCGCCCAUCUCUCCACCAUCCCCCGGGGGAUCCCCCGAGGGCCGGUCCUUACUUCAGGAGGCCUAUCCAGAGGAAACGGAACAGGAGCAGUCCUAUCUCUCUCAUGCCGGCUCUCUGCUCUCCCUGCACUUGGACUUGGGACCCUCCAUCCUAGAUGAUGUGCUGCAGAUCAUGGACAAGCAUGAUGUGGGCCACGUCAACGGAACUUGUCUACAUGGGGGGCGGCAAGAGAUUUUCACCUAGGUGCAGGACUUCCUUGGGCAGGACAGUGAGUCACGUCUCCUUUCCAUUCUCCCACUCAGGUGCGAAGACCUUUCUUUUUAAAAAGGUUACUAACGGUGUCCACAAGCAAGCCUAGCUGAGCCACCUGGAAUAAAGAUCAACAAAUUACUGUAACCUUCUUAUUAUUUUCAACUGUAACCCAACAUUUUCACCUGGAUAAGUACUUAUUUUUAAACAAACACAUUUAGGUUAUACUUUGAGAUUGUUCCAUGUCACUGGCUGAAUUGCUGCAGUUUACAAUCUCCCGGAGGUGUGAUGGAGUCGUGUGUGUAAAACGGUAAAAACAGGUUACCCUGGUUAGGGAUUUUAGGCUCUUAGACUAGUUGAAAACUGUUAAGCCCAUUGACUCCUGUGUGAAACACAACACUGCUGUUUAGUGUAGUGGAGGAACCACUUUACUGCCACUUAUCUACUUUUUAUUAACAUUCUGUUUUGUACUAAUAAUAGCGUUCUGACUGGGACAAUGGAUGUCAUGCCUGCACAGCUCAGUCUCAGACUUCCGACUUUUCUGUUGGGAUUCCUUUAAAACGGCACUGGAAGACGACUGCACGUCAUUAAUGGCAUCUGGGGAGGAUGACAUCAGUGGUCCUCUGUCCGAAUACCCGAACGGAAACUGGUCUCCAGCGCCGCACCCUGGGAUUGUUGGCAUUUUUGGUCCUUUCUUUGGUCUUACUUUUUAAAAGUAAGCAUCAACAUUCGGUAUUCAUAAGAACUGGAUGACAGAAGAGGUGUCAGAAUCGGUUAAGUUCUGCAUUUCUUGGUCACUGCACAGAGCCUCUGAACAGCUUAUGGUCUCCAUAUGACACUUAGAUGGUUUUUAAUCUGUAAUAUUACUUGAAUUUGUAAUCCAUUUAAGUCUUCAUCAGGCAAUAAAAUGUAAAGCAAAAAAAUGAGAGAACCCACAUUUUUCACAAGGACCCAUCUCCUUGUUUCAACUUUUACCGGAACAUUACAGGUUAAUAUUGCGGGUUUGUAGUUCUUUUAAUGUACCCUUUUUUGUAAACCGACAGUGCAUAAAUAAUAAAAAUAGUUUUACUGUCACUAUAGGUGUCAGUAUCUGUGUAAGUAUGCAAUGAAAGAUUAAUAACCUGUUAAUAUUGUACCAUAAGUUCUCCAAGUCUUAUGGUUUGUUACCAUGUUAGUUUGUUCUUGUAAUUAAGGAU